CUGCAUGUUUGUAAAAUUACGCAUAAUAGGACCAAAGAAUUGGAUCCAUAAAGGAAAUAUCUUCAGAUUAAACAUCCGCAUGAUGACAGACGGUGAUAAACCAGAUUUGAAACUGUCAGUUGAUGAUCCUUGCUCUAUCCAAAUGAGUGUAGAUAAGAAAACAGACCAAGUUCAGCCUGUCUCUGAUCCAUGUACCAGUAAAUCAGGAUUGUCAUUGGAGAAUUUAUCAGGAAAAGCCAGGAGAGCACUCAUUAGGAAAGAAAAGUACAAGGAGUUAAAGAGGAAAAACAAAGGACUGACAAACAACCCUAACCCUGGCUACAAUAUCUUUAAUGAAACAGAAUACUACUUUGAAAAUGGUUUGAGGAAAGUAUAUCCUUACUUUUAUGUCUUCUCCACAUUUGUCAAAGGUCGCUGGUUUAAUCGCACACUGUGUGAUAUUUUCAUCAAUGAGUUCACCCUAUCAAAGGAAUACGAUGUGGAAACUCUGGUGAAAGAAGGUCAUAUAACUGUAAAUGGUAAAGCUGUGCCUCUUGAAUACAAGAUCAAACAAGGAGAUGUCAUUGAAAACAAUAUUCACAGACAUGAAAACCCAGUAUCAGGGGAGACAAUAGAGGUCAUUGAGGAUAACAAAGAUGUCGUAGUUGUUAACAAACCCUCCUCCAUUCCCUGUCACCCCUGUGGUAACUACCGCUACAACUCCAUGAUCUUCAUCCUAGGCAAGGAGCUGGGAUAUGGAAAUCUCAGAACUGUGUACAGACUUGAUCGCUUGACAUCAGGUGUGCUUAUUUUCACAAAGAACGAAGCCUCCACAAGAAAAUACAUUGACGACAUCACGAACAGGAAUGUGGAGAAAGAGUAUGUCUGUCGAGUGGAGGGAGAGUUUCCAGAAGGGGAGGUGGUUUGUGAGCAACCCAUUGCUAAAGUGUCCUUUAAGAUGGGGAUAAUGAAGUGUGGAGCUGAUGGUAAACCCUCCAAGACGACAUUCACUCGACUCAGCUAUAAUGGUCAAACCAGUGUUGUCAAGUGCAAACCAUACACAGGCCGGACUCAUCAGAUAAGAGUACAUCUUCAGUAUCUAGGUCACCCAAUAGUUAAUGAUGCUUGCUACAACAGUGCAUGUUUUGGUCCUGAAAAGGGGAAAGGUGGAAAUUACCAGUUCACAGACACACAGAUCAGAGAAUUAAAAGAGGAAGAACACAACAGAGAAAUGUGGACCAGCACGGGAGAAAAUCCAGACUUUCUUAAACGCAUCAAAGAGCUCAAAAAGGAGCAAAAUGAUCCUGAUGACCAGAGUAAAGAUUUAUCUCUAGAUUCAGAACCAACUCCUAAAAAGACUAAGUUUAAUUCAUGUGAGAAAAGUGAGACCAAUUCAGAGGUGUCAUCUCUGGACAAGACACUUAGUAAUCUGUCUGCAAGUGUACUGACUGAUAAUGACCAGAGGUUAACAAUGGAUGGGAAACCCCAGCCUCCUUUUGAAUGGGACAAAUGGUUUCCCUCAGAGUCAUGCCCACUCUGUAAGAAAAAGUUUCUUGAUCCAACACCCAAUCAGCUAAAACUCUACCUCCAUGCUCUAAGCUAUAAAGGCCCUGACUGGUACUAUCAGACAUCCAUGCCUCCCUGGGCAGAGCCAGACUGGGAAGAGGGCACAUGACCUCUUGGACCUGAAGCAUUGUGUUGAUUAUAAAUACA